GGCACGCCUGCUUUCUGUCUUUCUUCCUGGCGCUCAAAUCACUCUGUGUGUGUUCCCCGCUUUGCUGCUCGUCUUUUUCCUUUCGACUGAUUACAUUUCGGAAAAGAAAAAAAAAAAAACGUUUCCCAGGAUGGUGACGAAGGAGGACGGAUAUAUAAUCAAACACACAAAAAAAAAAGAAGGAGGAGGGCAUGAUACAUACUGCCGCCGACAUAAUGAAGCUCUGCGAAUAAAAAGAGGAGGGGAAUAUCUUCAUGCACAUAGACGCAGAGAUAUCGAGUGUGAAUGAGAACAUUGGAGAGGCCCGAAGAAAUCAGAAUCUAUUUUUUUUUGUUUUUUUCUGAAUAGCUGAAAAAGAUCGCUGAGGCCUCUCGCUAUGAAAUGCUAAAAGAGCUAAAAGAAAAGAAAAAACGAACGGCGACAUCGGGGGACCCUGGGAAAUGUCGCACACGACCUGUUCCACAAUUUGCUCCGUCUUCAAGUGGGCAAAAGCCGAAAUUUUGGAACAAGGUCCAUCUCGCCCUAUAAACAAGAACGUUGUUAUCGUCCAGACGGAACGUCUUCGAGUGUGUUUUCAACGACUCGUUCAAGUGAGACCAAUGACAUUUCAACGGAAAUAGCCGAUCUCCUUUUUGUUUUCUGGUGUGUCGUUUACGGUGUGCCAGUGUUUUGUGGUUUCGUGCAAGACAAACAAAAAAGAGAAAAUGGGAAGAGUGAAGAAGAACUUUUCGAUUGCGCAGCAUCAUCGGUUACGCUUCUUGUGGAUAAAUCUUAUCGCCCUGCUGGCCCACAUUGGCCUAUCCUCUGCUGAUUACGUUGUGCUGCUCGAUACGACCAAAGAGGAUUCACUGGACUGGACUCGUUAUCCGUUUGGACCCCAAUCAGCAACGCCCGGGUGGGUGGAGGAGAGUUUCACCAACUUCGAGAAGGGCAUCAAUUGGAGAUCGUACGUGGUGUGCGACGUGGCUUACAACAACGUCAACAAUUGGCUGUGGACGCCGUUUAUCGAGCGAGGCGAGGCCAACCGCAUCUACAUCGAGAUCAAGUUUUCGAUGCGCGACUGCUCCCUCUUUCCCGGCACGGCCCUCUCAUGCAAAGAGACGUUUUCCUUGCUCUACUACGAGUUUGACGCUGCUACGCGCGAACCGCCGCCUUGGGAACCUGAAAGCUACAAGCUCAUCGACCGCAUCGCUGCCGACGAGGGACGGUUCACUUCAUCCAACGAGGUCAUCAUCAACACGGAGGUGCGUUCAAUUCCGGUGACAAAGAAAGGCGUUUACUUUGCGUUCCGCGAUCAAGGCGCCUGCAUUUCUUUGUUGGCCAUUCGCGUCUACUACAUCACCUGUCCAGAGGUGACGGCCUCGUUCGCCGCAUUCCCUGCCACGCCUACCGGCCGUGAGUUGACCUCGAUCGAGCAAUCGAACGGCGUCUGCGUGGCCAACGCCGUCGAGGAUGCGCCGCCUAAAUACCUGUGCAAAGGCGACGGCAAUUGGUACCUGCAGGGCGGCGGUUGUCUCUGCAAGCCGGGCUACGAGGCCAACGCAGACAAGCAAACAUGCAACGUGUGUCCGCCGGGCAAAUAUAAGCACCGCAGUGGCGACGACAAGUGCCAAACUUGUCCAGACCACAGCAUGGCGCCCUACUCUGGAUCCUCGGAAUGCCGUUGCAAUCAAAAUUAUUACAGAGCUCUUAAAGAUCCAAAGUCGAUGCCAUGCACGCAAUCUCCAUCGAAACCGCAAAAUUUGACGGUGAAUUUCGUUGACCAAUCGACGGUCGUGUUGUCGUGGAAUCAGCCGCACAACUUGGGCGGUCGCUCAGACACGGUUUAUCGCGUCGUCUGCGAUGCUUGCAAUGUUGGUGUUACCUACAAUCCGCCACAGGGGACGUUCAACGACACGAAAGUGACCAUCAGCGGCUUGAAUCCCGUGACGACCUACCGGUUCCAGGUGUUUGCCGACAACGGCGUUUCUGACCAGGUGCCACCGAACGAGCAUCAAUUCAUCGACAUUGCUGUCACCACCGAAGCCUCUGUCCCGUCCAGCGUCUCCAACGUGCGCAUCAUCAAUGUCCGUCCGACCGAAUUGACGCUACGCUGGGAUGCACCCGACGACCCGUACUCUGACAUUGAAAUGUACGAGGUGCGCUACUUCCAAAAGGGAUUCGAGAACAAUGCCAGCAGCAUGCUCAUCAACCGGCCGGAGUCGGCCUUCAGCAGCCUCAGGCAGCAAACGGUGUACGGGUUCCAGGUGCGAGCCAAGACGACCCACGGUUGGGGAGAGUUUAGUUCGCCCGUCUUCAAAACCACCGGCGCCGUACUGGCCACUUACGAGCACACGGAAGAGAAUCUACAAGUCAGGAUCAUUGCCGGCGCUGUUGUCGCUGGUAUCAUCAUCGUCGUCGUCAUUAUCGUCGUCACUGUUCUCUAUCUGCGCAGGAGCAACGACGAAUGCAACAAGAAACAACCCAGCGAUUGCGAUACAUUAGAAUACCGCAACGGAGAAGGACUCGUCAUCACUUACAUGCACAAUCACCUGGACAGUCCCCCGAUUAUACCCACGCACACCAAUGGAAUGACGACGCCGCUGUUCACACAAGCAAACGCGCCGCGUUCCUACGUUGACCCGCACACCUAUGAGGAUCCCAAUCAAGCCGUGAGAGAAUUCGCCCGUGAGAUCGAUGCCGCCUACAUCACCAUCGAAGCCAUCAUUGGUGGUGGCGAAUUUGGCGAUGUCUGCCGCGGCAAUUUGAAGCUGCCUCAACGUCCCGAGAUGCUCGUUGCCAUCAAAACACUAAAGUUGGGCAGUUCAGACAAGGCUCGCGUCGAUUUCCUGACUGAGGCGUCAAUAAUGGGCCAAUUUGAACACUCGAAUGUCAUUUAUCUGCAAGGCGUCGUCACGAAAUCCAAUCCCGUCAUGAUCAUUACCGAAUACAUGGAGAACGGAUCACUAGACACUUUCCUUAGGGCCAAUGACGGCAAGUUCCAGGUUCUUCAACUAUUGAGCAUGUUGCGUGGCAUUGCCAACGGCAUGCAAUAUCUUUCUGAAAUCAACUAUGUCCACCGUGACUUGGCCGCUCGCAAUGUCCUCGUCAACUCGCAACUUGUCUGCAAAAUUGCCGAUUUCGGAUUGAGUCGCGAAAUUGAGAGCACAACCGAAGGCGCUUACACAACCAGAGGUGGAAAGAUUCCCGUCAGAUGGACAGCUCCGGAAGCCAUUGCCUUCCGCAAAUUCACAUCAGCUAGCGACGUUUGGAGCUUCGGCAUCGUUUGUUGGGAGGUCAUGUCGUACGGCGAACGACCGUACUGGAACUGGUCCAAUCAAGAUGUCAUAAAAUCCAUCGAAAAGGGUUACAGAUUGCCUGCUCCGAUGGAUUGUCCCGAGGCCAUUCACAAUCUCAUGUUGGAUUGCUGGCAAAAGGAGCGAGCACACAGGCCAGCGUUCACCGCCAUUGUAGCAACUUUGGACAAAUUGAUCCGAUGCCCUGAGCUACUCCAAAGACUGGCACAGAGCAGGCACACGGAACCAUUGUGUCCAGAAGCUCCAGACAUGCUGCAAUUCAAAUCAAUUGAAGAAUGGCUGGCAUCGCUGAAGCUGUCGCGUUACGUCGACAACUUCCAGCAGGCGGGUGUGACGACGCUGGACGCCGUGACGCGCCUUUCUCACGCCGACCUGUCUGGACUGGGAAUCGUCUUGUUGGGUCACCAACGCAAGAUCAUGAACAGCAUUCAGGCUAUGCGAGCCCAGUUAUCUAUUAGUAUGUCGGAAGGAUUCCUUGUGUGAGUUCCUGUCGGAGCUCCUGCUGAUUUUGCAUCCGCUAUUACUACUGUUACGCCAACCAAUUCCCGUUAAGACAAGGGGCAAACAAAAAACAGGCGCAGAGAAACUGAUCAAGUGAGACCACCGACGUGGAUCCAACAACAUUUCGUGAUGGUGGAAAGCAGAAAAACAAAAAGGAAAAGAAGAAGAAAAAAACAUGAUAAAUCUCGUGCGCCAGCGUCCGACAUUGCGCCCCGUCUACUCUCUUUGUGUGUGCGUGUGUCUGUGUGUCUGUGUAUUAGCAAGAAAAAGAAGGUAAACCAAAAAAAAAAAAAUUAAAAAAAUGCGUGUUGUUUGGUGAGCGGGAGGGUGAGAUGAGAAAGAAAAAGACGGUGCAACAACAACCGGAGCUGCUUGGUACUUAUGUGAUCGACUACAUCAACUGGACCGUAUAUGAACCGGCAUGCGGUUGCUGUCAGAAAACGGCAGCAUAUAUUAUAUACAUACUAUACAGUUUCGUUGUUUGUGUUGUUGUUGUUGUUGUUGUUGUGAAAUAGGGGAACCACCGAGAAAGAAACUGAGAAAUAUCAUUCCCUUCAUCCUCGUUUACCACGUCUCUCCAUCCUGCCGGAAAACAUUGUACAUUAGUGUAAAUUAUGAUAUCGAAUCAUUUUGUCGCUUUAUUCUCCUCCUUGUUUUGUUUUUUUCAAAACAUUUUUUUUUUGUUUCCUUUUUCUUUAAUUGCAAUUGUUUGUUUUAAAAUGUGAAAAACAAACGUUUUUGAGUCCAUGCCCUUCGCGCGCCCCCUGAAAUUUGAAUUCUUUUUACGUUACGUUUUUUUUUUUUAUAUGCUACGUGUACUCUACUUGUAUCAUAUAACAAGAAAUCAAGAGACAAAACUACAACUUAAAAAAAAAAAAAAAAAUAGCAGCCAAUUUGGAAAAGUCCUUGAAUUGAUUUGCGUGUGUCCACCGCCAAUUGAAAGAAAAAUCGAGAGGAGGGGAAUGUUUAUUAUUUUUUUUUUUUCUCAAGCAAAAUGUUUCACGCCCUUCUUUUUAUUGUUACAAUUAACUUCAUUUUUACAAAACGGUUUGAAUGGCCCUCGACAAAAACGACACGUAAAAUCCUGAAGGGAACUCUAUCCGAUCUCAUUCUUGUUUUGCUACACACACACGUUUAUUAUCAUUUUUUAUUGGGUUUCUCCUUUCGCCAUGUCCUUCUUUCCGAUCAAAAUCCCCUCUGUCCACUGGUUUUUUAAGUAACACAUGAGAAGAAAUAUUUUCUUUAACAAAAAAAAAAAACAUUAGAAAAAAAAAGGAAAACAACCACCUUAUCCUUGGAUUAAA